UCGUGUUUACUUUAGUGUCUAAUUUCGUUCCAAUUGCGAAAAUUCAGUUGUGCAACAUCUAAAAGUUCAAUAUUUUGAACAUAUACGGCAUUUUCGUACGGAAUAGUAUCGAUCCGCAGUUCCAGAGUAGGUAUAUGUAUACAGUUCUAUCACGUGGUGGUGUGGUGGUUUAUAUAAUUCUUGUUUACCGCACAAGCAGAAAGUUUGCGCAUGUGCGUCCCGUCAGUAACCUCAAAUUGUAGAGCGGGCAGAGAUUCGGCAGGUUCCGGAUAUCCGGGUGUGUGCGCGGAGGCGGCUGGUCCGAUCGUGUGAUGCGCCCUCGUGUUGGUGCGCGCGUGGCGAGUGGAGUGCGGCAGGCUUGGUGAAACGUCCGGCCCGCGCGUGCCAUGGCCCAGACUCAGUUCUCGCGGAGUUCAGAGAGCGACGCUUGGGCGCUGCUCUCGCUAAAGUCGGCGCCGCCGUCGCCCUCCAAGGUGCAGUGGGCGCAGGAGCCAUCGCCGGUGGCAAUCGCGCGGCUUGACGGCCGUGACUUCGAGUACCUGAUCCGCCAAAAGCGCGUCAUCAUCGGGCGCAACUCUAGUCGCGGCCAAGUGGACGUGAAUAUGGGCCACUCGAGCUUCAUUUCACGGCGGCAUCUCGAGCUAUUCUACGACGCUCCGGAGUUCUAUUUAACGUGCAACAGCAAGAAUGGCGUGCUCGUCGACGGCAUCUUCCAGCGGAAAGGCUCUGCCCCAAUGCUGCUGCCACGGAGGUGCACGCUACGUUUCCCUUCGACGAAUAUCCGUCUGGAGUUUCAGUCGCUUGUGGAGGAGAGCGGAGUGGGGGCGGGCAGUUCAGGACCCCCCUUGCCGCCGCUCAGGAUCACCAUCCCCAUGGAGAAUGAUGGGCGAAGUCCGGCGCCAUCACCCACCGGCACGAUAAGCGCGGCAAACAGCUGUCCCACGUCGCCGCGCGGCGCGGGCUCGUCGGGCCGGCGGCACGCCGACCUUGGGCUCGUCGCGCACUACGCCGCACUCGCCGACCACCAGCGGCCCACCUCCAAUGGCACUGCGGCGUCGUCAACGUCAGAUUCGGGGUACGGCAGCUCCCGCGACCGCGAGGGCCGCGAACCGCGCGACGUGCGCGAGUCCCGCGACCGCGACCGGGGGGACCGGGGGGACCGCGAGCGCGACGACGCCAAGCCGCCGUACAGCUACGCGCAGCUGAUCGUGCAGGCCGUCGCCUCCGCGUCGGACAAGCAACUCACGCUCUCCGGAAUCUACAGUUACAUCACCAAGCACUACCCCUACUACCGCACCGCCGACAAGGGCUGGCAAAACUCCAUACGCCAUAAUCUUUCACUGAACAGAUACUUCAUCAAGGUGCCCCGCAGCCAAGAGGAGCCGGGCAAGGGGUCGUUCUGGCGGAUUGACGCGCAGAGCGAAAGUAAGCUCAUUGAGCUGGCCUUCCGCCCGAGGCGGCCGCGCGGCGUGCAGUUCCGCGCGCCAUUCGGCCUCUCCUCCAGGUCGGCGCCGACGUCGCCGUCGCAGGUGGGCGUGUCGGGGCUGGUGACGCCCGAGGAACUCUCCCGCGAGCCCACGCCCGACCUCUUCACCAACGAGGAGCACGAACAGCAGCAGGCGUCGUCGUCGCGGCUGUCGUCGUCGUCGCAGGCGGCGCAGUACCUGUUCCCGCGCGCGGCGGGCGUCUCACAGAGCGCCCCCGGCUCCCCGGGCCACGGCAUGCCGUACAGCGCCGGCGGCAGCGGACUGGUGAUGGCGGGCCAUCAGAUCACUGUCGUCACCAAUGGCGCCGGCGGCGAGAGAGAAGAAAAGUACGUGGUAGGCACAACGACGGGUGGCAACCUCGUAUCCAUACAGGAGGAAGAUGCGCCGCUGCACCAUGAGCCUUACUACGCCGGCAGCGGCGGCUUCGCCGGCGGCGAGGAGGGCUGCGCGGCGCUGGGCGGCGAGCUGGUGAUCGAGGAGGCCGACGGCAGCCCGCCGCACCACGCGCACCACGCGCACCACCCGCCGCCGCACAAGCGCGCCAAGCACGACAACAUGUCGGACCUCGACGACCGACGCGCGUAUUGACGCUCCGCUAAAUCAGCCCGACGCGUCACGUCUCAUACUACCACCUGACAUACAAACCAUCACACUACCACCAGAAAGCCACCUCCCAAAUUUCAUUCACGACACUUAACUUGAAUGAAAUAAAAAAGACACUAAAAAUAUAACAAUGCAGUAAAGAGACGCAAAAUGAUUGUGUUUCUGCAUAUAGCAUAAACAAGUUGAAUUUAUAUUAUACUAAAGUUCCAAUAUGAAGACAUCACAGAGAAAAGUAAACACAAUUUAUAUCUGACAACAGUGCAAUAUUGAAUAACACAGAAUACCGGAGACACUUCAAGUGAAUUUACGAAAGUGUCGCAUAAAAACUUGUGUCAUAUCAGGUGCAUAGUUAAGGUGACGAGAUAUAGGCACUCUUGGAAGAUAGAAAUAUGGACUUGUAGCAUAGAAGACUGAGUGAUUUGGACCAGCUUUGUGAUUGGUCACUUGGUUCGUGCCUGCCGACAGAGGGAGAGUGUGGAGGCAGAAUAAGAUGAUCCCACUUCUGAUUAACUUGAUUAUCAGAAGUGGGAUGCGUGUUACGUAUGUCGUUAUACGUCAUACUCCUUGUUCUGCUCUAGUGCUUGAAAAGCCAAGCUUCUAGCAAUAAAGUGAUAGUGGUGUUUAUAAACUAAAUGGUUCGAGUGUCGCCUCAUAUAAAUAUGACGUCAUUUGACGCCAUAUUAAAAACUACAGUGUUAAGGGAAAUUGUUUUGAGUGGUUAUUUUAAGUUUACGCUGACUAAGCGGGAGUUUUUAAGUUCCAAAUGGACGCCGACGUUUGACGUUCAAACUUCAUUUUGACAUUUGAUUUUUUAAUUUACGCAAGGAGUGACUACGUGAAAUCAGCCUCAAAAAAAUUGAACUAAAUGAAUAGCAAUUUUUGAGGUUGAUUUACACGUUAUAAUGAGCUAC